CGUUUGUGUAUUUGUGUGCAUUAGUUUUAAAUAUCAAGCACGGUGUGAUGGCGACGGUGAUGAAGGUGGAGACGGAGGCGGAAGUGUGCUGCGUGUGCGGCGGCGGCGGCGAGCUGCUGUCGCCGGAGGAGCACGACGCGGCCGCUCCGCCGCUGUCCGGCGCGCCGCCGCUGCGGACCAUGCUGCUGCAGAUCAACAACAACAAGGUGUUGCCAGAGGGCCGUAUCUGCGGCGGAUGCGCGCGCCGCGCCGCGGAGUCGUAUGAGUUCAGCUGCGCGUUGUCUGCGCGCGCCGCGGCCCCGCUCGGGGACAAGUUGCGCGCCUUGCGCAGGCGCUUGCACGAGCUCACACAGCGCAUUGAUGUGUUCAUUGUUGUGGGUGGAGCGGGGGCCGCUCAGGGCACAUACAGUGAGGAAGACAUUAUUAUGGUGGAGAAAGAUGCCUUAGCUGCCGCUGCAGCUGCUGAUGACGAGGAACUGGAGCGAGCAAGAAAUGCUCGAGGAGACCAUGUGUACCAGUGCUCCGUGUGCCCGCUCUCUUUCCAGCGCGUGUCAGAGUACCGCACCCACAUGUCGACCCACCCGACGGAUGCCUUACACUCGUGCUGGACCUGCGGGGCCCAGUUCACCACUCCGGUGGCUCUCCGGGAGCACCAGGCCACACACGUCCCGGCCCCGCAGCAUGCACAAUGUAAUCUCUGCCACACGCAGUUGCAGUCCCAGUCGGAGCUGCGCCGGCACGAGCAGCAGUGCCCGUCGCGCUGCCCGUGCUGCGCGCUGCUGCUGGCGGACCGCGCGGCGCUGGCGGCGCACGUGGGCGCGGCGCACGGCCGCGGCGGCGCGCGCCACGCCUGCCCCGCCUGCUUCCUCGCGCUCGCCAGCGCCGCCGACCUGUCCGCGCACCUGCUGCGCCACAGGCAGGCCAGGCAGUUCGUGUGCGGACACGACGGCUGCAUACUCCGCUUCGGCACUAGAAGUAACCUGAUGUCGCACAUCCGCAAGUGCCACGGCGGCGCCGACGAGGCGCCGCGGGAGCCCGCCUCCACGUCCUGCGAGGAGUGCGGACGCACGUUCGGGAGCGUGGCGGCCAUGAAGCGGCACGCGCGCGUGCACCGCAGCGCGCCGGACCACGCGCACGCGCAGGCCGACGAGGGAACGGAGAUGCUGAUGAUGGAGACGGACGAGCUGCAGGGGGAGGUGGAGUAUCUGGAGGUGGAGACCCUCGAGGACGCGGACCUGUACGCCGACCGCAAGCCGCAGCCGCACUGA